AUGGGCCCCCCCAGGACGAGAACCCACGAGCUGGUCGGGCAGAGGGGCCGCUUCCAGGAAGGAUCCAUGAGAGACCGCGCGUCGGCCGCGCCGCCGGUGCACUUUCUCGGGCCGCAGGAGAGGGAGGCGCUCGGGCGGCCGGUGUGGGAGGGCGUCCGCGGCAGGCUCCGGCUGCGCGGCGGCAGGGACGCAGACGACGGGGAGAGGGAGAGGGAGAGGGAGAGGGAGAGGCAGAGGGCGCGGCGGCACGCGGGCGGCGACGAGAGGCCCCCGCGGGACCAGGUCCUCGCCAGCUACCAGCAGCUCGUGGCGUCGGGCUUCUUCUCCUCGCACGCGGUGCAGUCGGCGCGCCACGGGGCGCCCCCGCCGCCCGGCUGCCGCCCGUCGACGUCCCACGGGGCGCCUGGUGCCAGCGUGGCGUCGUCCCGGGGGACGAAGCGCGCUGCCGAGUCGCCCGUGCCCAGUGUCUGCGGGGACGGGGAGCACGAGCGCGACGAGCGCGACGAGCGCGACGACGAGCACGACGACGGGGAGGACGAGUCUACGCUGGCGCAUCGCUUCCUCCCCAAGAGGCUGCGGGUGGCUGCUGCGAGGGACAUUUCGCUCCCGAAGUUGAGGAGCGUCGCGUCGAGGAAGCAUCUGCGUGCGGCGGUGGCCUCGGCGAGGGGCAACGUUUCCGGGGACGCGCACGAGGGCGGCGGCAAGGAUCGCGAGCCGAACAAGCUCACCAAGAGGGUGUUGUGGGCUCAUCAUCAUCAUCAUCAUCGGCAGCAGCAGCAGCAGCAGCAGCAGCAGCAACAUCACGAGGGGGUGCCUUUGGCGCGGGCGUCGCUGGACGCGCUUCCCAGGGGGCGCGGCUCGGGCGACGUCCAGGGCAGCACGGCUCGCAAGAUUCGACGGCCUACUAGUGCCAGGAACCUGAGAUCUGCGGGGACCAGGGAGAGGGACGGCGACGGGGGGCUCCGCGUUGUGGUGCCGGAUGUGAAUAGGGGCAUUCCCAUCGUGCCCGAUAUCCCGGUCAAGUUUACGUACGGGGAGGACAGGGAGAAUGGGGUGCCGUGGAGGGGGCUGAGGCGGUAG